AGACGGCGGUUAGUCCAGCUCUGAGAGGAGCCGAGUUAGCUGCCGUCCAACCGUGCCCGCCGAGUCAGUGAAUUGAAGCACGACGGCAAACAGUGGCACGUGACAUAUCGCACCAAAUUACGAUCGCGGGGCGGUUUUACAUUGCCAGCCAUGGGAGACUUUCUGCGACUCUUGGGGAUGUCCUCCGACGACAACCGUGUGGACGAAGCGACCGGACUGACUGGGAAACAGAAGAGAUUAGUGCAGAACACGUGGGCGGUGAUCAGAAAGGAUGAAGUGCGCUCCGGGAUCGCUGUGAUGAGCGCAUUCUUCACCAAAUACCCGGAGUAUCAGCAAUACUUCGCGUCGUUCAAGGACAUCCCAGUAACCGAACUGCCGGCUAACAAAAGGUUUCAGGCUCAUUGUGCCAGCGUAAUUACGGCUCUAAACAAUGUCAUCGAUUCCUUGCACGACCCGGGAUUAAUGAAGGCUAGCCUAAUCGGCUUGGCGGAACGACAUAAAAGCCGCGGACAGAAGAAGGAACACUUUCAGAACUUGAAGGAGGUGGUGCUGGAGGUUCUUCGUCAAGCACUCGGGAAACAAUUCACACCGGAAGUGGCCGUGGCGUGGAGCAAAACCUUGGAAGGAGCGUUCUCAAUAAUAUACGAAGUGGUGGAAGUUUAAAAAUGGUUUAAGCGUUCUAUUUUACAUGUUUCGUACAGCUGUAACGCGUCGAAUCGGGAUGAAGGAGCGUCUCUAUCCCUGCUGAACGCGGUUCGCAUACUUUCCGACACCUGUUUUAAACAAUUAAGAGGACUAGUGCAGCGUUUUCAACAAAUAUUCAUUUCCGCCAUCAUUUUGAGAAAACCUACGUGCUCGAAAAAUGGUACAUUGUAAAAAGGAUUCCGGUCUUUCGCGAUUUUGUCUCCCGCGUUAGUCCUCUUAAUUUAUGGUGAUACCGAUUUGUCGCGGUAAAUUAGGCUAACGGACGUCGAUCGCGCAAUCGCACGUCGCUACUGUUAUUAUAAAAAUGUAACACAUUUUGUAAUUUUUACUGUUAUGAUUUCCAUGAAUUUUUCUCGGAAAAUGCCGAACGUCGUCGUUCCAUCAAUUUUAUAUCGAUUUAUUAUUAUGUACUUAUGAAUAACGGUAAUUCUUUUAAAUAAUCGUUAGGCUUAGGAUAGUGGUUUUUAAAAUGUGAAUAAACUAUCUUUUACUUGUGAGGAAAGGUACGCAGGAUA